UAAAUUAAAAUAGAUAAAAUGGCAGAAAUGUCUUACUAAAAAAUACCACGUUCAAUAUAGAAAGGACCAUGUGACCUAACUUUGCGUGGUUAAAUAAAGCACGUCAUCAUCAUCUAUCUUUCACUUUCUAUCCGAAUCUAUUAAUCUGAUUAUUUAACAAUCUUCAUUUCUAUCAACUUCGUUUUUUUAUAACAUUCUUUCUCGUUCUCACUUCCUCUCUCUUUAUUUUUGCCAUACUUUUCAUUAAAAUAACAAUUUAAAUGAGUGAAUGGAUCGGAUAAUUUGUACAGAUUGUUCAAAGUUAUAGUUGUCGUGAUGCUUUCAAUGCAUAAUGCCCGUUGACAUAUGUUUAAAGCUUUGCGGCAAAUCAAACAUUGUACAGUCUGUGAUACACGAUCUGUAAAUGUAUUUUUUGAAAUGUUAUUACUAUUACACAUUAUCACUUGAACACUGUUAUAUCCAGACAAUUGUUUUGUAGAAUUUAAUGAUGUGAUACAUAGAGAACACAUUUUUGAACUUAUAUAUGUAAAUUUCUGCAGUUUCAAGUUGAAAUGUGCUUCCUCUCAUAGCGCCCUAAAAAUAUAAUCUAAAAACUCAAUUUCGGCAUGAAAUGUGAAGGUUUUUUCUGGGCGUUUCUAAUAUUCGUACGUAAUUGUUCAGUCAUUUUUUUCGUGAACCAAGACACAGCGUGCAUAAUAAAAUUGAAAACUAUCACCCUGAUUUCGCAAGACAGACGCCAUAGAAGGUCAUAAGCAGUAAAUCCGCUAGCCUCGGAUUUGAAUGGAGCUCAUCACGACAUCCCCUGAAAGGGCUCAUUGAAGAUUAGCUGUCUAUGAGCAGCGAAGUGGCAUUGGGCGAAUCGAAGUCUAUCGAUUGUGUAGUGUUGAGGGAGGUACUGUGCAAAGAUAACAAGCUAACUAGUGUUUAGUGCGGCAUCUGGUUUUGAGCCUUGCAUGCAUUGGCAUCUAUCCAGCUUGUUGGAAGCAUGGCAAGCAAUUCUAUCGCACUUCACGAGGAAGGAUGGUGCCACCACUGAGGCUCUGGACAGAAGGAGGCCACUGUUCCUUCGGACUCCUCAUCUUAAACGAGAACCUGGGCGUAGCCGGAUGGACGGUGCAUCAAGGUCAGGGGGGUCCAUCGCAGAUGAUGACUCCCCGGAGUUUGGAAUGCGCAGUGGUGAACUUGGGAGGAGAAGAGAUGAAGACACAGCCUCAGGUUAUAGGAGAAUGCUCGAGCUACAUAAACAGGCUCAGCAACAGCAAGCUGCACUUACAAGCAAGCUGCAGGCUAAGCUGCUGCAGUACAAGAAACGAUGCAUGGAAUUGGAAAGCCAGAUGGAAGAUAUGGUAGAAAGACCUCCUGUUAUGGGAGCAUCCGGAUCUGCGCUAGAAGCUGCCCAGCAACACCUUAGAGAGCUGAGAGACGACCGUGUUCAAGACUUAGACUCAGCCAUUAGAGCCUUAAAUGAAGAAAGAAGAAAGCUUGAAAAAAUGUAUCAGCUAAAUUCAUCACUCCGUCAACAACUUGAAGAAGCACAAGAGAGUAAUGAGACUCUAAUAGCUGAUAUGCAGAAGCUCACUAGUGACUGGGAAGUAAUGAGAGAGGAGAUGAUUAUGAAGGAAGAUGAAUGGAAAGAAGAAGAACAAUGUUUCAAUGAUUAUUAUUCGAAUGAACAUUCACGCCUUUUGGGUCUUUGGAGAGAUGUCGUAAAUAUGAAGAGGCAAUUCACUGAAAUGCAAACUGCAACCCAUCGAGACCUAUCAAAGAUGAAGUCAGAGCUUUCUAGUGCUUCCAGAGAUCUCAUUGAUGCUUCCAGUGGUUUGCAAAUCAAACACAUCAGAUCUUCUGCUGUUGAUGAAGAAGCAAGACAACAAAUGGAAGUUGAACUUAAUGCACUUCGUGAAACUUUAGCACAAUUGAAAGCAGAGAAAGAAGUUGUCCAGCUAGAAGUCAGGUCUAAGGAAGAGAGAAUUCAAUCUUUAAACAAAGACUGUAGAAAUCUUGAAGAAAGAUGCAGUGCUGCUGAAGCGACUGUCAGUGAAGUUGCUAAACUGCAAACUGAACUUGACCUUCUCCAAUCUGCCAUGAGAGAUAUUGCCCAUGCAGUUUUACAAGAUGCAGAUGCACGUGAUGGAGAAACUCAUAGAUUACAUCUUACUCCAUCACAACCUUUGCCUCCAAGAUCCCCCAAGAGGUGUGCAAGGACCCCAACAUCACCCGCAUUUGUUGAAAGCACAAUAUCAGCUGUACAAGCUGCACUUAACAAAUAUCAGCUAUUAAUACAUGAACUUCAAGUUAAACUUGCUAGUACAAAAGAGCAAGCUUCAACAUGGAAAAGACAGUGUGAGACUUAUGAAGAUACACAAAAAGCCCUUGAAAAUCGCCUUGCUGAAAUGACAUCUCAACUCGAUACUUGUAAAAUCCACUCGAAUCAGUUGAAUCAGGAAAAAGAACUUUUGGCUAAGUCUUUGGAAGCGUCUCGUGCUGAAAAGAAUGCUCUGGACAAAAACAGGAUGGAAAUUAAUGCAAUGCUUGACAAUCUGAGUGCUGAUUUUGAGAAACUGCAAAAGGCAAAUGUCAGACUUCAAAAGAACAAUGAAGCACUUGAGGAUGAAAAAACAUACCUGCACUCUGAAAUCGAUAGAAUGACAAAGGAUUCUGAUCUAAGAGAAAUGAAUCUUCGAAGUGAGGAGGACAGGUGUAGCCGAUUGAAAGAAGAAAUACUUACCCUCAGGGAAGAACUGAACAAAGCCUACCUGGCCAAAGACCUGCUCGAGCAACAGAAGACUGAAACGGACAGCUUGCUUUCUCAAAUUGACAAAACAAGGGGGGAUGUUGAACUCGAGUUGGAACAGGUAUUAUUGGAAAAAUCUGAUAUGCAUGAAUCCCUGGCCAAAGCUGAAGCUGUUGCUGCCUCCCUUGAAGCUGAUAAGAAAAAACUGCAAGAUGAAAUAAAACGACUGCAAGAUGAUAAAAUCUCUUUGCAAAACCAAGUUCAAGAUCAAAACAAUGACUUGUCUUCACUCAGAAAAGAGAUCCUUCAAGCUGAGCAGUCUAGGCUUGAUCUUGACUCAGAGAAAAUCUCACUCCAUGAGAAGUGUAAAUUUUUGGAAAUGGAAAAAGAGAAGGUUGAGUUAGAGUUGAGUCAAGCAUGCAGAGAACGGUGUGAGCUGAGUAAUCAACUUUCCAUGGCUGGGCGAAAGAGGGAGGCCUUAAAUGAGGAACUGAGCAGAAUUAAGCAACGACUGGAACAAGUCAAUGAAACUAAUUCUCGCAUUAAUCGCAGUUUGGAAGACCUAGUUAAAGACUGUGAAAACAAACAGGUAAUGCUUGAAGGCAAUGAAAAGGAAAUCCAGCGUCUCCAAGAACAAAUUGCAUCCAUGAGAGCAGAUAAGGAAGCUUUGGAAGCGACGCUGUUCGACAGCCAAGCUAACAUCGAAAACCUUGAAGCAAAGAGGGCCCAGCUUGAGAAAGAUCAUCAGGAAUUAUUGGUCCAUGAGGAAUCUCUAAAAGGGGAGAUUGCUAAACUCAAAUCAGAUUUGGAGAGUAAUGAAAAAAGAGCUCAAGAAACAAAGCAGAUGCUUCUCCAACAGGCAGGCUCGAAGGAAGGGGAAUUUAAACAGACAAUAUCGAACCUCAAGAAGAAAAAUGAUGAAACUAUCCAUAAACUCACAGAGGAAAAAGAACAACUGAGGAUUGCCUUGGAGAAAAAGUUAGCAACUACAAUCGAAGGUUUAACAAUGGAGAAAGAUUCUGAGAUUAGGCAGCUUGAAGAAAGAAUUUCUGGAUUGCAACAGCAAAUUGAGAACGUUUGCCAGCAGCAUGAAGAAGUUCUGCUAAGGGCUGAAAGUGACAAGCAACAAGCACUUCUUCUUGCUCAACAAGAUCAUCAAGUGAUUUUUGAAAAACUUGAAGAGGCAAGAAGAGAAAUAGAAGCAGAACGAGUGGCUAAUGAAAGAAAUAGAAGAGAUGCAGCAGUUAGAGGAGAGCAAGACCGUGCAACAAUUAAUUCAUUAAGAGACAGUGUCAAUUCAACAAAUGCAAGGCUUGAGCAAUUAAGGACAAGAGCUGAAGAAGAAAAGGCAUCUCUGGAAGCAAAACUUUCUGAAGUUUGCAAGGAACGAGAUGCUGAAGUACAGCACAGUGAAGAUAUCAAACUUCAACUUCACCUUACUGAAGAUAAACUCGAUUCCUUAACAUCUCAGUUGAAUGAAACAACUCACAGAUUAAAAGAUGUGGAAAAUGUACGAGAUGGUCUUCUAAAAGAAUUGACAGAUGUGAGAAGAAACCUUGCAGAUGCGUCUUUUGAAAAAGAAAAGUACAGUGCUUCAAAUAAAGAACUUAGGGAACAUGUGAAAAGGGCUGAAGGACAGAAGAGAGAGCAAGCGAGGGCCCUCGAGGAGGCUUUAAGUAAAAUAACAACAAUUGAUGAGGCAAGAAGAAAUCUAGAAAAUGAAAGAGCAAGGCUUCAAGGAAUGGUUAGGGAACUGGACAAGAGUCUUCUUGAGACAAAGCAACAAGCCAGUGGCGCUGGGGAUGAGCUGACAAAAGCAAAGGACCUUAUUAACCAAAAGAUUUCUGAAGAGAGGCAACUUCAGGCAAGGUUGUCCAGUCAAGCUGAAGAACGAGAUAGAGCUAAGCAACAAGUUCAUCAGUUAUCCAAACAGGUUAUGGAAUUGGAAAAUUCACUUGACAAUGCCAGAGAAGAAGCAGCAAAGAACAGAAGUAAGGGGGAUGAUGAAGAAAGGCGUUUCAGAGAAAGAGAAGAAGAGCUAUUAAUGAGGUUAGAAGAGAGUAGAGCAAAUGAAAGGAAGCUCCAAGACACAAGCCACAAUCUUGAAGUUUGUCUUACUGAUGCAACCCAGCAGAUACAAGAACUUAAGGCAAGACUUGGAGGAUCUGAAGGCAGAGUGAGAGCAUUGGACGCACAGCUUGUCCACCUGGAAGGCAGCAAACGUGAAGUUGAACAAAAGUUAAGUUCAGUAGGGUCCACACUGCGCCGAAUAGCAGGCAUUCAGCUUGACGGGAGUGUUAAUCUUCCUUAUAAGCUUCUAUCUCCGACAAGAAGGUGGAGUCCUGUCAGAUCACAGGCUCAGUCUCACGGCCAGGAUCAUGGUGAUGGCUCAAGGGCAGGUGACAAUAUCUUGUUAGAAGUUGAUCCGGAUGCGGUAAGAAAAGGUGUUAGGACAUUAAUGCAUCAAGUAGCUCAAAUUGAAAGGGAACGAGAUGACCUGAAGGCCAAUUUGAGUGACUUUAAGAAGCAUAUCAGAGCCCAGAAUGAAGAUCUCUCUAAAUCUGAUGCUAAAUUAAAAUCUACUAUUCAGCUUUUAAGACAGGUUCAAGAAGAAAAAGGCUCUUUAGAAGCAAGGCUUGGUCAAAAAACUGCAGCCUUACAGUCACAGACUGAAGCAAUGCAGAGUAAAACUGAAGAAGGCCAUCAUCUGCAAGAGAAACUUACAACAGUUGAAAUGGCUCUAAAGAACAUAACAGAAGAAAAAGCCCUAUGUGAAGACAAACUUGAGAAGAUAAGGCAAACAUUGGCAAAGACUGAUGCAGAUAAAAGAUCUCUUCAAGAUGAACUCUCAAAAUGUGAAGCGAGGGCGACAAAACUUGAACUUCAGAGAAUGGGAAUGGAAGGUGACAUUCAAAGGCUUCAAAUAGUAAUGCAGGAGAAAGAUGCAGCAAUUCAAAAACUACAAGAUAGGCUAGAAACUGAAAGUGCCACUGUGUCAGAGUUGGAAGAAAGGUGUACUUCUCUAAAGACUACAGUAGAGAGGUUGAACCAAACUCUUGAAAGAUCUUCCCAAACAGAAGUUGAACUUCAAUCAGAACUCGCCAGCCUUCAAAAGUCACUUACUGAAGUUUCUAAUACUUCUCAAAAUAAUGCUGAGAAGUUGAAAUCUCUUCAAAAGGCAGUUUAUAAUGCUGAAAAUGAAAAAAAGGUUGCAGUGGAACGUUUAGAAGCAUCUCAAGCCAAUCUUGCAGAGUUGCGAAGAAAUUAUGCAGUGAUCAAAGAAGCACAUGCAAGGCUUCAAGCAGAGCUUUCGACCAGCGAAGUGGAAAAAUCCGCACUUGAAGCUCAACUAAGGAUGCAGGCCUGGCCUAACGAGUCAGAAGAACUCAAACGACAAGCCAAUGAACUUGUUAUGAAGAUAGAUUCUCUACAGGACAAGGUUAGGCACUUGGAGUCGGAGAAGCGUAGCUUAGAAAGAAAACUACAGUCGAGCCGUUCCAAAAGUUAUGAAAGGGGAGAAAAAGGCUCUCGUGAGUGGGAUAUAGGUGGAGGUGGAGAUAGUAUCGGUAUGAUCGGUAGUACAAAUAACCUUUUACUGGAACAAGAAAAUAUUGAGCUUAAAGCAAGGAUCAGAUCGCUUGAAACAGAACUGGCUAAGAGAGAAUCAGAAUUGCACAGGUUAAAGUCAACUUUGGAUAUGUCAAGAAAUUCAAAUAAGGAAUGGACAGGUGAUAUAGAAAGAUAUAGAUCAGCUCAACUUCAAGCAGAAAGAUUGUUGGAGGCAAGAGAACAAUCACAUCGACAACAGAUUUUAAGGCUUGAAAAUCAGGUAAAGAUGUUGAGGGAGCAGUUAAACCAGGAGGUGAAGAGACGACAGAUGUUUAUUUUAAGAAGCGGCAGAACAGGCAGAGAGGUGCAGCAGCUACAUCAUGUUUUGGGCAACUCACUGCGCAAUGUUUCUCAAGACCCUGCUCUUGAUUCGUACCUGCUCGAGAACGAGGCAAGAAAACUGGAUACAACACUUCACUCAAGUGGUCAGCCAAUAGCUCUUCCGCCACCUCACUCGUCUAGAAAAUAAAACUGUGCAAAUGGUUGUAACUUGACUACCAUGGUACAUUGAUUACUCUCAGGUAGGGCAAUCAUGCUCUUCCAAAGAGAAGUUGUUUGAGCUUAAAUGGUAUAUUUGUGUCUUGACUUACUCAUGGAAAUAUCUUUAAAAGUGAGGUUCUUCACUCUUUUGUUACUGCCAUUAAGUUUUAUUGGAAAAUUAUUGCUGUUGGUACUAAAUCUUUCAAUCAUUAUGUAACACUUUAAGUUACCAGAUUAAGAAUGAAAAUUGUCUGUAAACAUAUUCAUAACUUAAAAAUUCCAUCAAUGACUGAUUGUUGUCUUUUUUUUUAUUGAUACAAAUCCAAAAUUUUCUUCAGACAUUUAAUAUGAUAUUAAAUA